UGAUAUGAGCUAUCAACGAGGAUAUGCCACGUCAUAUUAUUACUUAUUGUCGUGAUGUUUAUCUCUGCCGCUUUCUUUCGCGAAUUAAGCGUAGAACAGUGUAGAUCGAAAAUAAACAUCUGAAAUAAACAACUGUUAUGGGCAGCAAGAUCUUGCCAUGCUUCGUGUGCGGAACCAUCAUCAAGGGUUUCGGCAGAGGUUCGAAGGAGCUCGGCAUUCCGACAGCUAAUCUCCAAGAAUCCGUAAUCGAUGCUUUGCCGAAGGAUCUGAGUACUGGAAUUUAUUAUGGUUGGGCAUCCUUGCAUGGAAAAGCUUAUAAAAUGGUCGUAAGCAUAGGGUGGAAUCCGUAUUACAAGAAUGAAAAAAAAUCAAUGGAAGUUCAUCUAUUACACAAAUUCCAAAGAGAUUUAUACGGUGAGGAGCUCAAGAUUAUAAUUUGCGGGUAUAUAAGACCAGAAAAAGAUUUCUCUUCUUUAGACGAACUCAUCACAGAAAUAAAGAAUGAUAUUGUAAUCGCAGAGCGUCAAUUGGAAGAACCAGUUGUAAAUAAGCUGAAAAAUGACGACUUUUUAAUGAUUAAUAAAGCAUAACCGUAAUAAGAAAAAAUGUAAAUCUUCA